GGUAAAGCCAGGUUGCCAGACCAUACGACUUCAUCAGUACGGUUCAAAUCGCGCCCCAAAGCAGUCGUUGACUAGACAACACCGGGUAACGUUACGUACGCGCAUAUCCCAACCGGACAGGUCGCAGCGUUCGUGGAAGCUACUGGCACAUCCGGCACAUCGACCACGUCCACAAAUCAGCGCUCGUGACAACGUGACAACAUUCCGCGUGCAGCGUGAUGACAGUGAGGUGCAGAAAUUCUAAAGUUCUGAAACUUUGAAGUUGACCUGAAUCAGUGAAUCAGUUGUGCUAGAGUGUUACAGUUUUGGAUAUCGAUUCAGUGCGGUUUUUGGUGUGAGAUUGUGCCCUAUCAAUAGCAGUGCUUAACAGUGCCAGUGCGUGUGAGAAGAUCCUUGGCCCUAGAAGAUGGGAACGCAACACCGAUUGCGUACCGUUGCGUCCUUCGUCGUGCUGACAUUUCUGGGACUUGGUUUGGCGCAGGAUGACUUGUCACAGUCGCGGCCACUGAACGAUGGCUCGUUCAAGUUCGGCACCAGGACAAGCUUCUCCUGUACCGGGCGGGCAGCGGGAUAUUAUGCGGAUGUGGAAACCGGGUGCCAGAUUUAUCAUAUGUGCGAUGGGCUUGGUAGACAGUUCAGCUACGCCUGCCCCAACACGACACUGUUCCAGCAGCGGAUGCUGAUCUGUGACCACUGGUACAUGGUGAACUGCUCGAAGGCGGAAAGCAACUAUGCGGCAAAUCUGUUGAUUGGUCAACGCGAUAAGCCGUUCGUCCCGGAGGAGGAGAACGAAAUACGCACACCACGACCCGAUCUGUUGGAUCGUCCAGACGCCCUUGAUUUUGGUGUUCCAUCGCUAAAGAACUUCUUCAAGUCGAGUACACCUGCCCGGCAGAAUGCUAUUUUCGACACACAAGCCCGUUCCCGCUCGUCCGGUUCCACUAUCGUCGGAAAGGGGCAGAGUGAGAAGCGUACCACCACCAGCCCGAACGCGGAGAUCUUCCAGGAAAGUGCCAGCAACCAUGGUUUACCAAUUCACUGGAGCACCCGCUACGCCGAGGAAGAUUCCAACCCGGCGAACGGAACGCAGCGCGGCAAUGGCACUCAGGAGCAGUCUGGAGUUAAGACAAAACGCGACGAGGACAGGAACGAGAGUCGUAGAACGAUCGCCAUUACAACCAGCGAACGUCCGACGCCGGUGUCGGUAAAGACGCCCUCGCGACGAUACGAACCGCCGUUCACGCCGACCGAAUAUCAGCAACGCUCAUCCAUCCAGCAGCCAGUUCCGACGGCCGAUUCCAAUCUGAAUACGAUCCCCACAACGGUAGCACGUGGAUCAUCGUUUGCUAGCGUAGCAACGACAACACCCGUCCCAACUACGACCAUUCGUCCACGCGUACCGGUCACGCAACGUCCGACAGCUUCAAACCCUGCCCCAACGGUAACGUCAGCCCGUACCGCGAAACAACCGCUUCCCAUCGUACAACAACUUCCUCAACCGCAAUCAGCGCAAUUAAAACCACUCACGAUCACCGCUAACGGCGGGUCCCCAGAGUUGGCCGAUCCUCGUCAAUCCAUUUUGCCUCCGAAAUCGAUCCUGUUCAGUCCUCCGGCAGCGACGGCCGGAUUGUUCGAAAAUCGAUUCGCCAACCAGCGACCGCUGCUCGUUGCGCCGACGGGCGUUGCCGUACCGUCGCGUGAUCUACUACCGCCCUACGAGAAUCUGGCCAACUUUGAUCAAAUUAAAACGCGCUACACUAGCGAAUCGAUCUACACGCGGCAACCGAUCACGAACGAACCUUCGGCCGGUCCGGUCAAGACGGCAAUCGAUAAGCUAGCCGUAGCGGACACACUUCCGCCGACCCGGCCCAACCCGGCAAACCAAGACAAAAUUCCACGCCCGUUCAGUGUACCGAAACCGGCCAACGAUCUUGUACCACCGCACAAAGAGUACGCAUUCUACGACGAUGCGACUACCCAGGGACCUCCGAUAUACUACCAGUGGAAGUGGUCCGUACCAUCGUUCGGAUUGGACCCGCCCGGUCUGGAAGCCCCAAGAGCGCCAGGUGCUGAGGCGCCCGAAGGCACACUCGAUUCGCUACUCCCACCGGUAAGCACCCGGAAGGUGGACGAGGUAGCAGACGAUCGACUGAUCGCUCAGCUGAAUCCCGCCUCCCAAGAACAUCAGGCGCACGAUGGUGGACAGGGCCGCGAACACAACCAAACGGCACGCUCGAUAUCGUCCGAAACGGGCAAUCUCGGUGAGAAUCGUGUCGAGGUGGAGAGCAAGCUGGUGCUUCCGCUACCGCAGCACAACUACAACCAGCUGCGGCAAGAGUUCGCCAUCCCGGACUUUACCUUCCCGUUGGACGGUGCUGCCAAGGGUGGCCAGUACGCGAACGCCGAAGCCGUCGAUUCGUUUCAGGUGAAAAUCCCAACCGAUGCAUCAUCACGCGGGAGCGCGCCCGGUGUCACUGCACGGGCGUGGUACGGAGAGAACGCACGAUGUCCCGAGUGCCAUCCCGGGUUCUUACGGCCAGGGAGUUGCGAACCGUGCGUAAAGAUUCGUCGAUGAGACGAAGCGGCGUGCGGCCUAGCGUCCAAUAUGCAUUUGAGUACGUACGUUCUCCAUUCAUCACACUCCUAUCGUCAAUUCAUCGCCACCAAACGCUACGCACCAGUCCAGCUGUCCGGGCCAAACGCUUGGCUUCCGUUGUUGCUUUCAUUUUAAAAUAGGUGUGGUUCCUGUGCGUGGAAUUCGUCGGUGCGCGUUCGCUGUAAAUACACAAAUCCCUUCUUCUUUUCAUAAUGAAUGCAUGUCUAGUAUGUCGAUUUCAUGUACGACAUAACUUAUGUUUAAAUAAAGACGAAAAAAGGUGAAA